AAUAGGUGCCUCCGCACCUUCGGUGCUUGGCCCCUAAUAAACGGAGCAAUUCCAAUAGGGUCCUCACACCAUCGGUGCUCGGGCCCUAAAAAAGGAUAACAAGGGACUAGACAUGGCACAGGUGUUAGAAAUUAAUUGAUAAGUUAAGAAACUAACAAGGGUAACUAUGGGUCUAAACACAGGAAGUAAACACUGGGAACAAUGGAAACAGAAAAACACUUCAAAAUAACAGUCCAAAUAUCAAAACCAAGAAACACAAAACUAGUGAACAUGUAACAAUUCUAGCACUUUUUACCAUUCAUAACAUGCCAAAAUUUAAUGAAAACAAUAAUCUUUUUUUUUUUCAGUUGCUGAAAUUUUCGUGCAUCACUAGUAGGGCAAAACUGCUACAGCAAUAUAAAAGAUGCAUGGGCAUAAAUUUGCAUAUUUUUUAUGUUAUUUAUAGAUUUUAUCUUAAGUAAACCUAUGCCAUACAGACAAUGAUGCACAAAUGUUCCAGUUCAUACUAUCUGCUUAAGCAGCUUGCCUUUUAAAAACUAAAUAAAAAUAAAAAAAAAGUGAAAAAAUGAUGACAAAAUGUUUAUUUUGUGGUGAAUGAUCCCUCUAAUGCCUCCAAAUCAUUAUAUCUUCUUACAUUUCAGAUACUAAUACUAAAAGAUGAUGUCACUAUCAAACCUUGGCAUGACCCUUGAAUUUAUUAUUACUGCGUCUUGUUCGUACAUCUGAUUUCUUUGUUCCCUGAAGUUUAUGCAGCUGAAUAGUGUAACAGAUAAUGGCACUACUGCCCAAGAGCGCUGUAUUUCCACACAUGAUCUGUCAUCUCUGGCACUGGACACAAUAGACACAAUGUGGCCGUAUCUUAGUGUGAUAUCAUUAUGAUACAGAUGGGUGAAUCGGUUAUCUGAUCCGUUUUCAGCAGACUAGGAAGCAGUUACUUAAAUGUGUUUUUCAUUUACUCUUUCAUUUCAUUAUGAGUUCAUUUCCACAGACAAUAUACUGUUAUACUGAGUAACAACUAUGCUAUUUUCUGCUCUUCAGGGAACACAUUUUGUGAUUACUGGCCUGUUUUUUGCCUGUAAGUACCGUGUGGCAGUGAAGCCCAUUAUAGAACAAGAGCAGAGGUCUGAGGUCAUGACCUCUGUUACCACUCCACUUUGCUUAUCACUGAUGGGCAGACGGAAAAAACUGACUGCCUGUGCCAAAGAUGAGCGCCAUCCUCAGUUUAAAAAAGCCCUGCAGCGGCCUGAGAAACUGGCAGCAUCGUUCCAGCCAGUGAACAGCUCCAUACAGGCAGUUUUCAGCUGGCAGGUGUCACCAGAGAGCACAGGCCAGAUGCCCAUCACUGGAUUCCAGUUCUCCUGGGUCAAAGUGUCCAGCAGCAGCACUAAUGGCACACUGAUCUCCCAAACACACAUCCUGCCUCCAGAUCAGCUGUCACUCACUGUAGACAAGCUCCAGCCAGAGAGUGUGUACCGAGUUGAGGUGCAGGUUCUGUCUGAAGCAGGAAGUGGACCCUCAGUGGCCAAAACGCUCCACACUCCUCAUGUGAAUGGCACACUCCUCUAAGAUGGAGAAAAAAACGUGAGAAAUCAAGCUACUCAUACAUAAAGUGCUUGUGAUGUUCCUCAUUUGGACACAUGCAUCUGCUAAACGUAAAAGCACACUUCAUCAUCACAGAGAAAAUGUUAUCAAACUCCAGAAUCUCCCAGCUGUUCUCUGUUGUCAUGGAGAUUGUGUAUGGAGGCAUCUCCCACCAGACCAGCAUGUUCACUGAAGCAACAUGGAAGUGAAGUGUUUAGCUCAGUGUACUGUAACGUAUGAAUGUUGAGUAGCCAAAGAGUGCAUUAGUUUUGUAAAAAUGUGUAGCACUGAUGUAUUUAGUUGCAUAUAUUAUGUGUCCUAUUAUUUUAUUGACAUUUAUGUUUUCCAUACAGAAGUGCCAAUGGGCCUCAUUCAUGAAAACUCAAUCAGUAUGAUUUUCUGUCUAAAUAGCUUGCAAAACAACUGCCAUUGUUUAUGUUACCUUUUUUAUUAUUAAUUUAGAGGACACUUUAUAUAUAAAUCAUGUUUCUUUUAUGAGAAUCAAACCCAAUGAACAUCAAAGUUCAUGUUUACGAAUUUUACACAGAAAUUCAUUCUGUUUGUGUUUCAUGAAUAAUACCUAACAUCAAUAUUUUUAAUGUAAUAUAUUAAAUUUAAACACAGCAUCUCUAAUCUGAUUACCAGCCCUUGGAAUUCAUCUCAGAUGGCAACAUUUGAACAGGGUCAUUUCUGAACAACAGCAUGUCUGAUUUUAUUUAUUGUGAAUGUAAUUCAUUAAUCUCAAGUAGAACAGUGUAAUAUACUAAACUUUCUAUGACAAAUAAUGAUAUAUGUCAGUGCCUUAUACUGUAUCAGUUAUCAGGCUAGAUCUGAUUGAUUUACAGAAUACGUCUCAGCUUUAGCUGUCUAUCUGCCUUUACAAAUGACUCACAGCAAAUAGAAACAGCAGAAAAAGUGCUGUGGAUACUGCUGCUUAAAUUAGGCAAAUGUUCUUUAGACAUAAAAUGCAUUUUUAAAGAUGUAUCUUUGUAGAAUAUAGCAUACUGUUUUUGUAAAUAUUGAAUUUGGUGCAUAAUCUAUGGUUUGCUGUCAUUUCUAAUAAACUAGGUUAAAUAAA